UUAUUUUGAAAGUAGGGUUACAUAGGCGGGAGGAGAUUUGGGGGAAAAGGUGAGAAGAGAGAGAUGGGAAAGAGAGAGAAAGAGGAGGAGAAAGAGAAGAAGCAGAGGUAUCUUUUGAAAACGGAACCGUCGGAGUGGUCGUGGGAGGACCAGACGGCGAACGGAGGCAUAAGCAACUGGGAUGGGGUAAAGAACAAGCAGGCCCAGAAAUACCUUAAAUCCAUGUCCCUCGGCGACCUCUGUUUCUUCUACCACUCUGGUUCCAAGGCCCGCCGUAUCGUUGGCGUUGUCUCCGUGGUCCGCGAAUGGGACGGUGAUGCAGUGGACGUGAAGGCCGUGGGAGAGAUGAGGAGGCCCGUGGACUUGAAGGAGAUGAAGCAUUUCAAGGAUUUUGCUCUCCUCAGGCAACCCAGGCUCUCUGUUGUCCCUGUUCCCGACCUCAUUUGGGACCAAAUUUGUCUUUUGGGAGGCGGCUACCACGGCGACUCCCACGGUGACUCUUCUCCCUGAUUUCACAACUCUCACAUUGUAUGUAAACUAACUUCCUUUUUGCUUCUGCUUUCCGUUAAGUAACUACUUUUCUUUACCA